AUGUUUUUAAUAAAACCAAAUGAAGAAAAAUCCCACCGCAACAUCAUCAUGGGAAAUUUCAAUGCAAAAAUUGUUACUGGGUCAGACAUAUGCUUAGGAAAAUUUGGAAUCGAAAAUGGAUUUGGAGAAGUCCAAACUAUGAAACUAAAUGAAAUAGAUUUCAUUCUUGCUGACAAAAACAUCGUCACAGAUGUGCCAAUCCUCAGUAAAGUUAAUGUAGGAAGUGAUCAUCGAAUGGUGAUCACUUAUAUAUCACUUAUGCAUACUCAUAUCACUUAUGAAUGCAUUAUGGAGGAAAACGGAGAAGUCAUUGUGGACAGAAAUAGAAUUGUAGAACGUACAAGAGAAUUUUACCAGCAGUUGUACUUCUCUCACGAACCACAACAACAGAUUGGGGAACAACGCAAACAUUCUCAUUCCCUCCAAUUACACAACGGGAGAAUAACGAAAACUCUAGAUGAAAACCAACCACGUGAACAAGCAGGAUUCAGAAAGGGAUAUUCAACUCUAGAUCACCUUGCUAUGGCUUUCGUCGAUUACCAGAAAGCCUUUGAUUCUGUAGAUAUACACAAAGUACAUGAAUCUAUUAAGAACCAAGAUAAAGGAGUAAGACAGGGAGACACCACCUCUCCCAAGUUGUUCACAGCUUGUCUCGAAUCAGUCUUUCAAAACCUUGACUGGGAGACAAAGGGAAUUAAAAUUGAUGGAGAAUAUUUAAGCCACCUCAGAUUCGCAGAUGCCAUUGUACUUGUAGCAAACAAUCUGCAAGAUCUCCAACAAAUGUUAAAUGAGCUGAACAAUGAAAGUAAAAAGGGUUAA